CCCUUGGCGUUGCUCCGAGGGUGACGUGGCCAGGCGUGGUGUGGGGCGGGCACCGACCGGGGCUGGGUGCGGGGUGCUGAGCGGCCCCAGAGCACCGGGAUCUGCUGCAGGUCGCUGGGAGCAUGAGUAGCCCAGGAGUUGGUGAGGAGAGCGUGAAGGUGCUGAGGCUGACGCUGCCGAAUGAGCUCCCGGGCGAGCGGCGCGAGCAGACGAAGCAGAAGCCAGUGGGAAAAGCCUUCGCCAUGGUGGCCAACAGAUCGAGCAACGGCCACGCGCUGGCGUCUGAGCGCAUCAAGUCCAACGAUGGCGAUGAGGAGAUCAUCAAGGUCUAUCUGAAGGCGAGGGCUGAGGGCAGUGCGAACCACGAGGAGCAUGUCAGCCAGCUGAAGAGCGAAGUUCGGCACAUCCAGGAGGCUAGAAGUUUUUUGAAGAAGCUGCGGGAAGACUUAAGUAGUAAACUUGAGAGCAGACAAGGAGAUAAAGAGCACGCACAGGUGGUGCUGGAGGAGCAGAACGGGAGCUGGCUGCACCCCGAGAGGCUCCGUGCUGAGCCUUGGGAGGAGCAGGAUGAGGAUUGUUCAGGAGAUGAUGUGGAGAAGAUGCGGCAGAUGACGAGGAGGCUGUUCACGAGGCUGCAGGAGGCUGAGAAAUGCCAUCAGCUGGAGAAGAAGGACCUCGAGAGGACAGCGUCACGGUACCGGGAGGAAGCAGAGCAGACGAGCCAUGCCCUGCAGAGAGCAGAGAGGAGUGUGGUGGAAAAGGAGGUGCAGGUGGACGAGCUGCAGAGGCUGCUGGCGGGGAUGGAGAAGGAGCACAGGAGUUUGCUGCUGAAGAUGAAAGACAGCGAAGAAGAGCUGGCACGGCUGAGAAGUGUGGAAGGUGACAAGCUCGCCGAACAGGACCGGUCGGCCAAGCUGGAGAAGGAGGUGGCCAUGCUGCGGGAGAAGAUCCACCACCUGGACGAUAUGCUGAAGAGCCAGCAGCGCAAGGUCCGCCAAAUGAUCGAGCAGCUCCAGAACUCCAAAACGGUGAUUCAGGCCAAAGAUGCUGUGAUCCAGGAGCUGAAGGAGAAAGUCGCUUACCUGGAGGCUGAGAACCUGGAGAUGCACGACCGCAUCGAGCACCUGAUUGAGAAGCAGGUCAGCUGGGGCGGCCACAGCUCCAGAGCACGUUCCAAGUCGGAGUACGUCAGCAGCAAAAGGCUGAUGGGCCCCAAACCGCUGCCUCUCAUUCGAGUGGUGGAAACAUGAGAUUCGAGGGUUGGAGCAAGAUGAAGACUCUCCCCUUGUUCUCCUUGACCAGACUUCCCUGCUUGACUGUUCUCUGGCCUCUGUGCUCCGUCUGCUCUGGAGCUGCCGGCGGAGGGCUGUGCCCCGGAGGACAGACGCGGCCAGGGCGGUGCUGGCAGAGGAAUAAGGGCUGCGAGGUGCCCACGCUGCUGUCCCUCGGGGUCCCGCGGAUGCCAGCCUGGAGCUGGUGGGGACAUUGAGGAUGAGGUGCUCCUGGGCUGCAGGGCCGGGCUCGCUUCCCUGCUCAGCCCUGGGUUCGCCGGGGCUGCUCUGUGAGCAGCUUCUGGAGGGUCUCAUCAAAGCGGAGCCGCCUCUUCAGAUUGUAGCUUGCCAACAUGGACUCGGGGUUUAAAUUAUUAAAAAAUAAUAAUAAUAAAAAUUCACUUACAAGCCAAGAAAUCCUCCUGAAACUGGACUCCUUCCUACAAUGAAGCCCAAUGAGUUGGGAGCCUCCACCUCCAAUCUCCAGCACAUCUGCUGCUCUGAACCUGGCAAGGCUCCUGUGGCCAAAAUCAGUGGAUUGACACGAUUGAUACAGUUGGUGGAUCAACAUAAUCAACACAGCUGGUGGGUCGACACAGUCACUGGAUCGACGUAAUCGUCAUAGAGACUCAAUUGCUGGAUCAACACGGUCAACACAACUGACACAAUUGGCGGAGAGACUCGGUCGGCAGAUCAGCGCAAUGGACACAAUCGGCAUAGCAGCACAAUCAGUGAAUCGACAGUUGACACAGUCGGCGGAUCGAAACAACCGGCGUCGCAACAACCUGCUCACAGCCCCUCUCCCAUGAGCGUAGAGAAACCGUGCCCCAUGUACGUCUCGUGUUUAAACCCAGAGGCGGUUUGGUUUGUACCUAUAUUUAUUUCAAUAAAUUAUUGGUGUCUUCCAAGGAGGUGGCGACAGGCAUGAUUGCUGCUGUCCAGCUCCAGGGGAGUGUUUGAGGACUGCCUGUCCCAUGUUUGAACUGGAAAAUACCAACCUGCUUCCUCCGGCCUCGCCCGUUGGUGCCUUGUUACGUGUGCCCGCGCUCGGGUCAAUUUAGAGGAACGUUGUUUGUACUGACCGGAGCGGUGAGGCAAAGUGCUGUAUGUACACCUCGCGUCUGUUACUACAAAAAUACACGUGCCUUAAUCUGUCA